GUAUGGUGGACAAGUUUAACUAGCUGCAUGCGAAAUGUUUCAAAUGUAGGCUAAGAAAUAGCUCAAUAUUUCAUGUUCUGGACUGUUCAUGCCCAGGAGACAUGAGUUAUUGUUCAUAAAUUCAAUACCAUGCGACUCCAUAAAUUUGUUUAAUUUCCACCUGCGACGUCGAACAAAGCCGCUUUACUGGCAAAUAGUCCGUUUGCUAGCUAGUUAGUACAAUAGUUACUAGCAGCAAACGUUGAGUCAACAUGUGAACCGUGUCUCUUCUAUGUUUUUAUUUUAGUCCCCGAAGGAAACCUGGAGUAUUCGUCAGCAGGGAGCUGCCCCGGCUCGUGAUUGGAGGACGGCAUGCCACGUGCACAUUUCUUUACUAUGCCACAUUGAGAGCAUUUGGUUUACCUGACAAGCUACGUUGCACUGUGUUAAAGCGUCCUACAAAAGGUUUUGACUGCAGCUGCCGAGUAACCUUCUGCAGAGUGAACAGAGGCCAACCACAGGCUUUUAAAUUUUUAAUGCAUUAAAUUGGGACUCUUCUGAACUUUUUUUUUUUUUUUUAAUAACCACAAUGGCUUUGAGUUCAUUUGACAUCGAUGCACCACAAUGGGACCAGUCUACGUUUAUGGGCCGACUGAAACACUUCUUCAACAUCACCGACUGUCGCACAGCGCUCUUGCCUGACUCGCGCUUAGAUGAAGCCAAAGCUUUAGUAGAAAGCUGCAGGGCAGGAUCCAUCCCUCCCGGCACCACAGAGGAGCAGCUCCACUACGCUAAGAAGCUGUACGACUCGGCCUUCCACCCUGACACAGGAGACCGCAUGAACCUCAUCGGCCGUAUGUCCUUCCAGGUCCCCGGAGGCAUGGCCAUCACCGGCUUCAUGCUGCAGUUCUACAGGACAGUUCCUGCUGUGGUGUUCUGGCAGUGGGUGAAUCAGUCCUUCAACGCUCUGGUCAACUACACAAACCGUAACGCUGCCUCCCCGAUCACUCCCAAGCAGAUUGGAGUCGCCUACAUUACAGCAACCAGCACAGCGUUAGCAACAGCAGUCGGACUCAACCUCUACACAAAGAAAGCUCCUCCCCUUGUGGCUCGCUGGGUCCCGUUUGCAGCGGUGGCAGCAGCCAACUGCGUUAACAUUCCUAUGAUGAGGCAACAGGAAAUUCUGAACGGCAUCGCUGUCACAGAUGAAAACGGGAACAAACUGGGUCACUCUACGAAAGCAGCAGUAAAAGGCAUCACACAGGUGGUCAUCUCUCGGAUCACCAUGGCCGCACCAGGAAUGAUUGUCCUCCCCAUCAUCAUGCAGAGGCUGGAGAAGUACAAGUUCAUGCAGAGAAUCACUUUUCUCCACGGACCAAUUCAAGUGAUGAUGGUUGGCGUGUUUCUGAUCUUCAUGGUGCCGGCUGCCUGCUCCCUGUUUCCUCAGAGAUGCUCUAUGGCCGUGUCGAAGCUGGAGCCGGAGCUGAGAAACUCCAUCGUGUCUCAAUAUGGAGACAGCGUACAACAAGUUUACUUCAACAAAGGCCUCUGAGCAUGAGAGCGAUGAUUACUGUGACCUAGUCGACACACACAAGAGCACAUACAUGUGUGUUUGUGUCCUUUGUCGUGUUUUUGAAUUGAAUUGUUAGUCAUGAUGAAAUACUUAUUAGCUUCGUUAUCGUCAAAAUGGUGCUUAUCGAUCAGUGGGAUUUUUGAUCUUUUUUAUCUGAUUCUACUUCUCUUUCUUUCGGGUCAAAUGUUUUCUUACGUUAGACGUGACGGAUAAAAGGGGCAUUGUGUACUCCUGUUGAGAAACCAAAUGAUCUCCUCUCAGGAACAGCAUGUUUCUUUGCCAGAUUAGAUCUCUGUGUUAGUUUGUCUUUCAUGGUGUGACUCCUCUGUAGUUGUUUUCUUUGCCUGUUUAGUGUCUCAAUGUUGGAAAAUGCUUCUGUCUGCCAAGCCUCUUUACAAUCUGUGCCUUCUACAUAGUGGCAGGAGCAACAACGCUGCUGGAUUUUCUGUGUUUUUGUUGGUUCAUUGGUUCACUGUGAAACCAGAUAAAUACUUCUAUGCACAGAUUAAGUCUGAAAUUGUCAUGCAGUGUGGUGUGAGAGAAACAGUCAGAUGUUGUAGUUGUGUGGUUAAAGGUGGAGGAUACUGCCCUCUUCUGCCAGAACAAAGGUAGAUGUUUGACUUGUUUGCAUGAUUUAUCUCAGAGGUUUGCCAUUUGGAUCAUUUCAUCAUGUAAACUCUGACUAAGCUGGAAUAAAACCACACAAAUAUUUGGAAUAUAGAA